AGCUGCCUUGUACUCUGUAGUUGAACAACAACAAACAACAAUUGAAGGAAGGUGUAAUUUUAGAACCCGAAAUACAGCAGAACAAAAAGAAGCAAAAGCAACCUUUCUUUCCUCUCUUUCUUUUCUCUCUCUUUCUCUCUCUCUGUCCUUGAUUGCCCUUUGCGAACAGUAAUUGCUUGAGGUUGAAACUUUUGGAGGUGUGUUCCACUGAAAAAUGGCUGUCUACUUAGGGUUUUUCUUUCUCUGUUUUGAAGAUUGGCUUCUUCUCAAUUGACAAUUGCUGGAGCUUCAGUGUUUGAUGGUAAGAAUCGGUGCAAGGAGAGGAAUAAGUUCUUUUUGAGUAAAUCAAUGCGCCUUUGCUAGCUCGUCGUCUUCUUUAUAUUCCUAUUGUUGUUGCAAGAAAAACAACGACAAAAAAUAAAAUUCAUAUCUGGGGAUAUGGGAUGCCUUGUUUCAAAGCCGGCAGAUAAUGGUGGAAACAGGCGGAGGCCAGGAAACAUUGGGGAAGUUUGUGUUUACGUUCCUGGUCUGCGCAUUCCUAAACCAGUAGAUUUCUCAUUGACACUUGGCGAUCAUCUAUCUAAGAAUAUAGUUGAACGUCUAUCAGCUCUGAGAACUCGCAUUGUUGUAAUGGCUGGCCAAGAAGGUCCAACUAUUACUAGAACGCGAAGAAAAACUGCUACCCAACAUGGUGGUUCAACAUUAGCUGAUCUUCAGCAGGCUCUGGAAGAUUAUUUACCUGUCCUUUUGGGAUUAGUAAAAGAUGGGAACCAGCUUCAACACAAAGUACAGUUUGCGUGGAUUAAUCAGGAGGAUGAUUUGGAGGAAACUGCCAUGUCCAAUGCUUGGUAUGAGGUGCUGUCAGUUUUGCACCUAAUGGCAAUGCUAUCUUUAUCACAGGCCAACUUAUUACUUCUUCCUAGAACCUCUGCCGAUGGUUAUCAACCGAAAAUAUCAGAAGAGAGUAGGCGAGCUUCAAUUGACAUUUUUGUAAAAGCUGCAGGAUAUUUGGAUUGUGCUGUUAGACAUGUUCUUCCUCAGUUGCCUGUCGAAUUUAGGAGAAAUCUGCCGGUGGACCUUGCUGAAGGAGUUCUUCGAGCACUUUGCCUGCAAGCACUUGGGCAGGGAGUCGAUAUCCAACUGGGAAUGGCUAUUGAUAGCACCAAAGCAACUCUUGCUGUAAAGCGAAGGCUUGCAUGUGAGAUGGUAAAAUACUGGCAGCAGGCCCAAGAUAACAUCAUGAACCUUCCAUUAUCAAAUGGUUGGGGAGAGAAGCACCGGCUCUUCGUUAAAUGGAAAUACAUUGAAGCAAAGGCUGCAGCAUACUAUUAUCAUGGUUUGAUACUUGACGAGGGAAACACAGAGAAGUCACAUGGGAUGGCUGUAGCUGCCUUGCAAGCUGCCGAUGAAUAUUUUAAAGAAAGUAAAAAGGCAUGCGAGGCAUUUAACUCUUCACCUCCAUUAUCAAGAAAUCCGCCGCUCUUUGGAACCAUGAAGUAUCUCUCAGAAAAAAUUCCAAAAGAUGCUUCAAGCAAAGUGCGGAUAAACCGUGACUUGUACUCUUUCGAAAAAAUCGUGGAGACUGCACCGACAUUGCCCGAUUUUGCUCUAGCAUUGAAGCCAGACGAAUUCCAACUUCCGGCAGUGGAUCCUUCAUGGAACGAGGAGAAUAUAAUAAACAGAGGUCAAGUUGUUGCCUCUAAACAAUUGAAAAGUGAUCAAAGAUAAAAGAUAAAAUCUGUGCACAUAAUUACAUCGAUACAUGACUGAAGCGGCACUAAAAACGAAUGUGUAAAUGGCGAGGGAAAGCUUCAAUCAUAGUGUGUAUUUUCAUAGGUUUUCGCUUUUUUUUUUUUUUUUUUUUUUUCUUUCCUUUUGCUUUAUUAAUAAAUUCAUGUUUUCGUUCUUCUUGAGGUUUGUAUUUUGUGCAAGAAGUGUUCUCAAGUUCCUCUGAAUAUAUUUAUUUUCUGCCUUGGAAGCAGGCGUUUAACUCUA